AUGCCAGCAAAUCAAGCUACCCAACGAGAGUCGUACCUCGUUAUUGGCGGUUGCGGCUUCCUAGGACGACACAUCGUCGAAGCCCUUUUGAACCGUGGCGAGCAAGCUGUCGCAGUCUUUGAUCUUGUCCAACGACAUCACGAUAAAAACGUCCAGUUCUUCACUGGAGAUCUCUGUGAAGCCGCCGACCUGGCCAAAGCCAUCAAAGGCGCUGUUAUUGCCGCGGCACAAGAGCACGGCGUCAAGACGCUCGUAUAUACCUCGAGUGCAGGUGUUACGUAUACCGGAGGCAAUUGCAUCGACGUCGACGAGCGAUUGCCGGUAGUUGACGCGACAAAUGCGUACGAUACCUAUAACCUCACCAAAGCUGAGGCAGAGAAGCUUGUUUUGGCCGCAAAUGGACAGGGAGGUCUCAAAACUGUCGCUUUGAGGCCUUCUGGUAUCUUUGGCCCCGGCGACCGUCAAAAUUUUGAAGGACUCGCUAAUGUCAUCCGAAGAGGUCAAACGAAAUGGCAAAUUGGAUACAACGACAAUCUCUGGGACUGGACCUAUGUCGGCAACGUCGUGAAAGCACACUUGCUCGCCGCCGACAAGCUCGUCACUGAAGCGGGACCCAAACCACGGGAAGAGCUAUGCGACUAUGCGCUUCCUACGAUUUCGCUCACCACGCACGAACACCGCGUCCCAACGUCUGCCGCACGGCCUCUUGGACCAGCCAUCGCGCCCGUUCCCAAUGGUCCUGCCAUCGAAGCCGCAUUUAAUGAUCCCGAUGCGAAAGACGACGUCCGAGCCGUCUGGCGAACGCGCUAUGACCCGCUUACGGAACAAAAUAUCGAGCGCGAGCUCGAGUACCCGCUCCAAGCAGCUGGUCAGGCGUUUUACAUUACAAAUGGCGAGCCGAUCAUGUUCUGGGAUUACGUUCAUGCCGUGUGGAAGGAGAUGGGGCACGUCCCAACGAGCAGGAUUGUCAUUCCAGCCACAGUUGGGUUGUGGCUUGCGACGGCUGCAGAGUGGUGGGCGUGGUUGACGGGAAAAACGCCCGGGUUUACCAGGGAGCGUGUUGGAUACUCUGUCUCGCAUCGUUGGUUCAAUAUCGAAAAGGCGAGACGUGUCUUGGGAUACGAGCCCGAUGUAGGUAUCCAAGACGGCAUCAAGAUUUCCGCCAAGUGGUACUUGGAGUCAAAAGGCGUCAACGCCAUCACUCCCGAGUAA